AUGGACACAAGAGACGAAAAAAUUUUUUUAGGAGUUCAACCUCCUGAAGGAAAUACUUCGACAUCAAAAGCUUUAGAAAAAACUACUACACUUAUAAGAGUCCUAGAAUUUCCUACUUUUUUCCUUUUCACAACUUAUAAACAACAAAAACAUACUAUUUUCACAGAAAGCAUUAUCGAUAACCCGGAAUACGCAGUGCUGGUUACCUUUAAUAGUAUUAAUAUCUCUUACAACACAAGAAAAUUUACAGCUGUAGCUCAAACCUUUGACAUUAUUCCUUCUUACUUACAACAAAAAAGAAUAAAGCAA